ACAGUACAGUUCUCUUCUCUCUGUCUUCGAAGACACGGUCGGUCACGUCACCUGUACAGUAGUAGUGUCAGUGAAGUUAGUGUUCGUGCAUUUCAGUUUUAACUAUUAGUGAAGUGAAGUGUGCACUCAGACAAUGCAUCCUAGGUGACAACAUAUCUGUGUGAAGUAUAGCUUAUCCAAAUAAACAUGGGGUCCAAAGUGGAAUACGUGGACUCCUCUCACAUGUACGCUACCAACUACGUGCGAAACUCGAAGGCUAUCGGAGUGUUAUGGGGUAUUUUCACCAUCUGCUACGCUAUCAUAGCCGUGGUCGCCUUCGUCACCCCGGAAUGGAUGGGUGAUACGAUGCAAGGGUCAGAAAACCCCGCUAGGUUUGGUCUGUGGAGCAGUUGCUCCUUUGGAAAUUCCGUAGGAGUGGUCGAGGAUUGUCAAGGUCGUUUGGAUGACCUUUCUUCCAUACCGAGUCUCCCAGGGAAGGUAGCUACCAUCCUGGCCGCCUUAUCAGUCCUGGUUGCUCUUAUCACUAUUGUGGCGAUGCUCUUGUUCUUCUUCAUCGCCUCUACCAAAGUCUUCCACCUCUGCGGUUGGAUGCAAGUUAUUUCAGCUGUGUGUAUGUUGGCAGCAUCGCUUGUCUUCCCUCUCUCUUGGACUGAACCUGAGGUGUUGAGGACAUGUGGCCAGACUGCAGGAGUAUACGCCCCAGGAGACUGUUCUCUACGCUGGGCCUACCUGCUGGCUGUCAUAGGCUGUCUGGACGCCUUCAUACUGGCUGUGCUGGCGUUCAUACUGGCCACUCGCCACGUCAAACUGCAGCCUGAGCCUACGUACGGCAUGAAUGGCAGUCUCUACAAAGGAGAGGUGAACGGAGGGUUCAUGGGAGACGCUCACUCAGUGGCCGGAUCUCGCAAAUCACUCAACCUUCACCCUGUAUUGCUCAUGCCGCAACCCGGAGAUGCUGACAGAUAUUCCGAGUUCUCAAACCGCACAGGGAGGUCAAAGAACUCUGGCUUUAGACCAGAUUAUGGUCCAUCAAUGCAUAACUUCCAGCUGUAGGGAUGUAUAACUACACAAGGUUGUUGUCUAUAACUUUUUCACUAUGACUAAAUUCUGAGCUAUUUUAUGAAGUCUGAUCACCAGAAGAUCAAUUAUAAGUUGUUUUUUCGUACUUAAAAUAAAAAGUUUACAAAACAGGGUACUUUAACAACAAUGUCCACUAAACUGAAUUUUAAGACUGUGAGAUAUUAACCAUAAGCAAAAGAA